AUGUCUCCCCACCAAGACACCCCGCCCUCCAGCGGAAACCACGCCACCAUGACCGCCGGCGCCGUCCAACAACCCGCCAUCACCAACACCACCGGCCGCCGGCCCCUCCCGCCAGGCGUCUACGUCCCCACCCCCGCCUUCUUCGACCCCGUCACCGAAGACAUCGACGUCCCCACCACCGCCUCGCACGCCGUGCGCCUCGCCCAGGCCGGCGUCGCGGGCCUCACCACCCAAGGCUCCAACGGCGAAGCCGUCCACCUCUCCCGCGAAGAACGCAACCUCAUCACCCAAACCACCCGCUCCGCCCUCGACGCCGCCGGCUUCACCUCGCUGCCCGUCCUCGUCGGCUGCGGCGCGCAAUCCACGCGCGAAACCAUCCAACUCUGCCGCGACGCGCACGCCUCGGGCGGCGACUACGCGUUGAUCCUGCCCCCCGCGUACUACCAGGGGCUCUUCGCCGCCGGCAGCGCCACCGGCACCGUCGCCACCUUCUUCGGCGACGUCGCCGCCGCCUCGCCCGUGCCCGUCCUGAUAUACAACUACCCGGGCGCGGCGGGCGGCCUCGACCUCUCGUCGGACGCCAUCGUCGCGCUCGCCCGCGCCCACCCCAACAUCGUCGGCGUCAAGCUGACGUGCGGCAACACGGGCAAGCUGGCGCGCGUCGCCGCCGCCACCGCCGCCACCACCACCGGGGGGCGCACGGGAUCGGGAUUCCUCUGCGCCGGCGGCAGCGCCGACUUCACGCUGCAGACGCUGGUCGCGGGCGGCAGCGGCGUGAUUGCCGGCUUGGCGAACGUCGCGCCCAAGGCCUGCGUGCGGCUGGUGACGCUGUACGAGCGCGGCGAGCUGGAGGCGGCGCGGGAGCUGCAGGCCGUGGUCGCGAGGGGCGAUUGGGGCGCCAUUCAGGGCGGCGUGGUGGGGACGAAGAGCGCGUUGGCGUCGUGGUUUGGGUAUGGGGGUUACGCGCGGAAGCCGUUGCCGAGGCCCGGGAAGGAGGAGGCGGCGAGGUGGAAGGGGUUGUUUGAGGAGUUGGUCGAGGUGGAGAAGGGGCUGUGA